GACAUCAAGACAGAGUACCAUCCGCACUCCCGAUGUCCGGCCUUCGUCCGACAUGCCGACAGUCUCCGUCAUGAUACACCUAUCACACAGUCUAUGUAUCAGGCUGCGAAGUCCCCACAUCAUCCUUUUGAGUCUCGUCUCGACUUCGAGUUUGCAGAGUUCACGGCUAAAACUGGGCUCAAUGAAGGCGAGAUUGCAAGUCUACUCUGUCUGAUAUCUGGUAUCACUGCCAACCCUGCCAACUUUCAUAUCAAAUCGUGCAAGGACCUGGAUAGUCUUAUUGAAUAUAUUAUAACAUCACGUCCACAGUUCACCUGCACCACAAUCAAAGCAGACUAUGGGGACUCUAUCCAGAGCUAUCCAUUCCAUCAUCUCGAUCUAUGGGACUGGGCACUGGGGUUAAUCCAAGAUCCUAUCCUUGCUGAGCAUUUCGAAUGGUAUCCAAAGCGCCAGUACCGAUGGAAUGGGCAAAAAUGGACUCGUUUUGUGGAUGAGCCUUUCACAGCCAAUCGGUGCUGGGAUAUCCAAACAGAUCUCCCUGAUGAUGUCUUUAUGGUUGCCUUUCACCUAUACGCCGAUAAAACACGCCUCUCUAGCUUUGGUGGCCAGAAAGGAUACCCCAUAGUUGCACGCCUUGCCAAUCUGCCUGCUCACAUCCGCAAUAGUAGUGAGUAUGGUGGUGGACAGGUUGUAGGCUUUUUGCCGAUUGUUGAAGAUGAACUUGAAGAGGGCAAGGCCGGUUUUGUAGCAUUGAAGAGAAUUGUAUGGCAUGAAUCAUUCAAGGUACUUCUCGAGAAGAUUUCCCACUAUGCAAGACUGGGGCAUCGAGCGGAAUGUGGUGAUGGAAUCCCUCGCACACUUCUCCCAUACAUUCUUAUUAAAUCAGCUGACUAUGAGGAGCAAUGUAUCAUGUCCCUAAUUCGGGGAAUGAACUCUGCCUGUCCAUGCCCAAUCUGUCUUGUUCCUCGAGACAAGCAGGUUGUUCUUGCACCUCAACCUCUAUAUCCUCGCCGGGAUGUUCAAGCAAUCAAAGCCUUGGUCAGAAGAAGAGAUCUCCCAGCAAAAGAGAAAGAGGCUCUAUGCAAGGCUACUGGGAUUCGUGACUUGGAGAAUGUUUUUUGGAGUAUUCCAUACUCUGACCCCUAUUCAACACUGUCGUUCGACAGGCUGCAUGCCUACCAUGGAGGCCUUUUCAGUGACCACUUGCUCACAGAAUUCCAGAGUGUAGUUGGCACUCUGAGAAAAGAGCAGCAAGCUGAAGUCAAUGAUGCAUUCAGUGCUAUGCCAAGAUGGCGUGGCCUCAAUCACUUUGAUGAGGUUACCACUGUGAGCUUCACCGAUGGGUCAAAAUAUGAGGACAUGUCAAAGGUAGUCAUUGUACCUGCCUCCUAUGCUGCAUUUCGCUCCAAGCAUCUCCGCUUGUCCCGUGGAUUCAUCAUUCUGAAGUGUAUCAGACUAUACAACAUCCUCGACAUCUAUGCUGGACUGGAAUGCCACACUGAAGAGACCCUUGAAGCCUUCAAGCUCACUCUAGUACUCUUCUAUGAAGCUAUACAGGAAUAUAUGCAGGUUUAUCCAGGCAAGAACUGGAACUUCCCAAAAAUGCACUCUCAACAACAUGCCCCUGACGAUAUCCUGCAAAAGGGUGCCACUCUGCAUUUCAACACGAAAACCUUUGAGACAAUGCAUGGCCCAUUGAAGGAUAUUUAUUUGACACGAACUAACUUCAAGAACUUUGAAGCGCAGAUUGCAAAACAUGAGCAGCGUUUGGCAACCGCACGACGUAUACGCAGACAUCUUGAUGCUUCCUCUCCCAGCCAGCCAGAUCAACGUCUCUCUGUCUCCAAGGAGUCAGAUUCACAGUUUGGCCACACAUAUAUUGGUGCUCCUCAGUCACCCAUCUCGCUUCAGGCCCUUCUUGAUGCAAACGUGAAGAAUCCACUCUACACUCAGUUCUUCAGCCAACUUCAAAUAUUCUUGCAGCAAAAUCCAGGGCUACAAAAUACUACAGUCAACAGGGAUACCCUGAUCACAGAAUACCAGUUCCUCAAAAUUGAUUUCACCUCCAAAGUCACAUGGAAAACCGAAACAGAUUAUUUGCGAUGCAAUCCAGACUUCCACAAUGCUCCUCGCUACGAUUCAUUCAUCUAUCAACCCUGGAACAAUCUCUCUGCACCUGUAGAAUUUGCUCGCCUACAGCUGAUUUUCACUAUUCUCUCGGGGGGCAAGUCAUAUCCAAUCGUCUUCGCAGAAGCAUUUGAUCGACUGGAACAGCGGCCUGAGUAUGACAAGCCACUCGGGCUCUGCCGUUUGCAAUCACCAAGUCCACACAGAUGCAUUUUCCUUCCCCUCCAAUCUAUGAUCCGUGGAGCCAUGAUUACAAACGACCCGGGACAGGGACAUGGUGGCAAUGAUUAUUUAGCUAUAGAUAUUGUGGACAGCGACAUGUUUCUUCGCUUGAAAGAAGCGGUUCCCGAGUGGUACUCAUAG